GCACACAGCCUUCCCCAGCCGGCCCUCUGCGCACGGCCUUCCCCAGCCGGCCCUCUGCGCACGGCCUCCCCAGCCGGCCACACGGUAGCCUGUAGCCUGUCCCUGUCGCUUAGUAAGUGAGCCUCAGGCCGGCUGGCAGGAGCCAUGUCCCCCCCAUCCUGGAAGGUCUGAUGGUCUUGCUGCAGCGUGGUUGGCCCACAGAGCCCCUCAGAGGGUCUGUGAACACGGAGGCGCGGGGCUGCUUGACCGUGUGCUGAGCAGCUGCCUGGCUCUUGCAGAGUGGCCGUGCGGGUUCCACAUCCCCGUUAGCCAAGGUGAGAGUUUCGUGUGGGCUCCGUCCUCACCACCCACACACCUUAAACCUUCUGAAUGAGCCUUGGAAGGCCCGGGCUUGGCACUUGCUGCUCCUCCUGGAGUUGGUUCGCACACACAGGCCAGGCUGAUGAACACAUGCACACAGGCGAGCUGCUGCUCCCCCUCGUGACACUGGAAGCUCCGUGGAGGCUGUUCUGGCCUGCGGGUUAUUGGUUGAAAUGUCCCCUCACCCCUGUAGGGCACCUUUGCAGAGGACACGUACCCCAGUCCUUGGCUGGCACUGUUACCUUGAAAUGACCGUGGGCCCUCGGGAGUCACGGAGGUAGCCUGGCUUCCCUGAGGUCCGCGGCGGUGGACCAUUCGGGGUCACAGCAGCAGUGUUCUCCUGCUGGGAAAGGAGCACCAACCAGGCCAAGAACAGAAAAGGACAGGAAGUGACGCCACCAUGCAGCGAAGCAUCAUGUCAUUUUUCUCCCCCUCGAAGGAGGGGCAGACGAAGAAGCCGCAGAAGGAGACAUCCGGCGGGGGCAGACAGGGACCACCGCCUGACAAGGCAGCGCGGAAGGAGCGCAGAGGCGUGGUGGCCGAGAGCGACUCUCCGGUGAAGAGGCCUGGACGGAAGGUCGCCCAGGUGCUGAGCAGCGAAGGAGAGGAGGAGGACGAAGCCCUCACGCCGCCCCGAGGCCAGAAGCCUGCUCCAGAGUCCCCCCAGGGCUCCCCACCCAGUUCUACCACAUCUCCUGAGAACACCCCCUCCCCCUGCGACACCUCACCCUCGAGCCUCCCCGCGUCGGGCAUCCCGAAGCGCAUUACAGCUCGGAAGCAGCUCCCGAAACGGAAGAUCGAAGAUGUCCUGGAAAGUCAGGAUGCAGACGAGGAGUGCUGCGCCAAGAAGAGGAAGGAGGCGGCAGAACCAGAGAUCCCAAGAGAAAGACCCAUCAAGACUGAAGUGACAGAGGACACAGAGGAGGGGGAGCAGCCCAUGACACCCCCAGAGCCCUGCGGAGAGGCCCCGGCGGACAGCGGCACCAAGGCCACGGUGGCCGUGAAGGAGGAGCUGCAGGAGGACCAGGCCAGGCCGCCAGCCCGCGCCCCCCGCACGCUCAGCAGCUUCUUCGCGCCCCGGAAACCGGCAGUCAAAACAGAAGUGAAGCAAGAGGAGUCGGGCGCUGCAGUGAAGCGAGAGGAGUCAGGCACUGCAGUGAAGCAGGAGGCCAGCGGACUCCUGGACCCAUCAAGCUACAACCCUGCCAAGAACAACUACCACCCCGUGGAGGACGCCUGCUGGAAACCUGGGCAGAAGGUCCCUUACCUGGCCGUGGCCCGGACGUUUGAGAAGAUCGAGGAAGUCUCUGCUCGGCUUCGCAUGGUGGAGACGCUGAGCAACCUGCUGCGCUCCGUCGUGGCCCUGUCACCGCCAGACCUGCUCCCCAUCCUCUACCUCAGCCUCAACCGCCUGGGGCCGCCCCAGCAGGGCCUGGAGCUCGGUGUGGGUGAUGGCGUCCUCCUCAAGGCCGUGGCCCAGGCCACAGGUCGGCAGCUGGAUGUCGUGAAGGCUGAAGCGGCCGAGGUGGGCGACGUGGGGCUGGUGGCAGAGAACAGCCGCGUCACUCAGCGAUUCAUGGUGCCCCCACCCCCCCUCACCGCUGCCGGGGUCUUCGCCAAAUUCAAGGAGAUCGCCCAGCUCACUGGCAAUGCUUCCACCAACAAGAAGAUGGACAUCAUCCGAGGCCUGUUUGUCGCCUGCCGCUACUCGGAAGCCCGAUUCAUCGCCAGGUCCUUGAGGGGGCGGCUGCGCCUCGGGCUGGCAGAGCAGUCGGUGCUGACCGCCCUCACCCAGGCUGUGAGCCUCACGCCCCCCGGGCAAGGAUUCCCCCCAGCGGUGGUGGAUGCUGGGAAGGGCAAGUCGGCUGAGGCCCGGAAGGCGUGGCUGGAGGAGCAGGGCAUGAUCCUGAAGCAGACGUUCUGCGAGGUGCCGGACUUUGAUCGGAUCGUGCCAGUGCUGUUGGAGCACGGCCUGGAGAAGCUCCCGGAGCACUGCAGGCUGAGCCCAGGCACUCCCCUGAAGCCCAUGCUGGCCCAUCCCACCCACGACAUCAGCGAGGUCCUGAAACGCUUUGAGGAGGCAGCUUUCACCUGCGAGUACAAAUACGACGGGCAGAGGGCACAGAUCCAUGCCCUGGAAGGAGGGGAGGUGAAGAUCUUCAGCAGGAAUCAGGAGGACAACACUGGGAAGUACCCCGACAUCAUCAGCCGUAUCCCCAAGAUUAAACUCCCGUCAGUCACGUCCUUCAUCCUGGACACGGAGGCUGUGGCCUGGGACCGCGAGAAGAAGCAGAUCCGGCCAUUCCAGGUGCUCACCACCCGCAAGCGCAAGGAUGUGGACCCAUCGGAGAUCCAGGUGCAGGUGUGUUUGUACGCCUUCGACCUCAUCUACCUCAAUGGACAGUCCCUGGUGCGCGAGCCCCUGUCCCGCCGCCGGCAGCUGCUCCGUGAGAACUUUGUGGAGACCGAGGGCGAGUUCCUCUUCGCCACCUCCCUGGACAGCAAGGACCUGGAGCAGAUCGCCGAGUUCUUGGAGCAGUCUGUGAAGGACUCCUGUGAGGGGCUCAUGGUGAAGACCCUGGAGGUGGAUGCCACCUACGAAAUUGCCAAGAGAUCGCACAACUGGCUCAAGCUGAAGAAGGACUACCUGGACGGCGUGGGCGAUACCCUGGACCUCGUGGUGAUUGGCGCCUACCUGGGCCGGGGGAAGCGCGCCGGCCGCUACGGGGGCUUCCUGCUGGCCUCCUACGACGAGGACACCGAGGAGCUGCAUGCCAUCUGCAAGCUGGGCACGGGCUUCAGCGACGAGGAGCUGGAAGAGCAGUACCAGCACCUGCAGGCCCUAGUGCUGCCCGGCCCACGGCCCUACGUGCGGGCAGGCGGUGCUGCGGCCCCCGACCACUGGCUGGAUCCGGUCACCGUGUGGGAGGUGAAGUGCGCGGACCUCUCCCUGUCCCCCAUCUACCCUGCUGCCCGCACCCUGGUGGACAAUGAGAAGGGCAUCUCCCUCCGCUUCCCUCGGUUCGUCCGUGUGCGCAGAGACAAGAGGCCCGAGGAUGCCACCACCAGUGACGAGGUGGCCGAGAUGUACCAGAGGCAGAGUCAGAUCCAGAACCAGCUGGACUCGGACUCAACCUCCGACAUGGACGAUUUCUUCUGAGCCCCCGGGCCGCGCCUCGUGCAGAGCUGUCUGGCCACGACCCGGUCUGUGUGAUUUUGAGUUUUGUAUCGAGGGCUCAUGUGCUGAUUUCCCUCAAUAAACCAUCACCAGACACCCA